AAAUUAAUUUGUUUGCGUGAAAGUUAUAGUGUUUACAAAUGGCAGUAUAUAUACUGGAAUUUUUUCUUUUUUUACUAGUAAUGGCAGCAAUCAGGGACUUAUAGUGGGACUGUGGCGGACAUUCUGACACUGGGGGGAACUGACUUGGUGUCAGUGACAUCCCUAGUGACACCAAUACAAUGAUCAGUGCUAAUAAAAAGCACUGACACUGUACUAAUGGCACUGGGCAGGAAGAGGUUAACAUGUGGGGUGAUCAAAGGGUUAACUGUGUGCUGCUGUGCGCUGUGUUUCACUGUAAGCACACUGGUUUGUAUGGCUCGGCUAUGCAGAGACAUACAAAGCAGUGUGCAGGAGCUGACA